CAAACAUCGAAGUAAGUGAAUAUUGUCUUUUGAAUUAUAAUAAAUGAAGGAAACAUGGCGGACUCAGCGGGCAAUUGGUGUCUUAUCGAAAGUGAUCCAGGAGUUUUCACAGAGUUAAUAAAAGAAUUUGGCGUUAAAGGCGCUCAAGUAGAAGAACUAUGGAGUUUAGAUGAUGAACAAUUUGAUAACUUAAAACCCAUUCAUGGUUUGAUAUUUUUAUUCAAAUGGGUGCAGGAUGAUGAACCUUCUGGAAGUAUUGUUUUAGAUAAUAGGUUGGAUAAGAUAUUUUUUGCAAAACAGGUGAUAAAUAAUGCUUGUGCAACUCAAGCCAUAUUAAGUGUACUACUAAACUGUAAACAUUCUGAUAUAUCAUUGGGGCCAAAUUUGGAGGAAUUCAAAAAUUUUUGUCAAAGUUUUGAUGCUAACAUGAGAGGUCUUGCUCUUAGUAAUUCAGAUGUGAUAAGAGAAGUACAUAAUUCUUUUUCAAGACAAACAUUGUUUGAGUAUGAUUCAAAGCAAGCGUCCAAAGAUGAUGAUGUCUUUCACUUUGUUAGCUAUGUACCUAUUGAUGGACGUUUAUAUGAGUUAGAUGGAUUGAAGGAUGGACCAAUGGAUUUAGGACCAUGUCCACCUGGGGAUCAGUGGGUUCAAGCAGCAAAACCAAUAAUACAGAAAAGAAUAAAUAAAUAUAAUGAGGGAGAAAUUCAUUUUAAUUUGAUGGCAAUAGUAACGGAUAGAAAGACGCUUUACGAGCGACAAAAAGCUACGGUUUCUGAUCCAGCAGAGUUAGAGCGUUUGCAAACAUUAAUUGAAAAGGAAAUUCGAAAGUCUAAACGAUAUCAGAUCGAAAAUAUUCGAAGAAAGCACAAUUAUUUGCCAUUAAUAAUGGAGUUACUUAAAAUGCUUGCCAAGGAAGGUAAACUAGUACCAUUAUAUCAAAGAGCAAAGGAAAAGGCAGUGGAAAAAGAGUCCAAGAAGAAUAAAGCUUAAACGCCAAUAUUGUGAAUGUAUGAGAAACACGAUGGAAUGUAUGUAUAAUGUAUAAACAUCGGUAAAUAAAUAA